CCGCAGGAUGGCCCAUGAGCAGAUCUGCUACUCGGACAAGUACUUCGAUGAGCACCACGAGUACUGGCAUGUCAUGUUACCCAGAGAACUUUCCAAACAAGUACCCAAAACCCAUCUGAUGUCUGAGGAGGAGUGGAGGAGACUUGGGAGUCUAGGCUGGGUUCAUUACACGGUUCAUGAGCCAGAAGCACACCUUCUUUGCUUCAUACGACCUCUUCCAAAAGGUCAACAAAAAUGAAGUAUAUCUGGGGAUCAUCAAUUAAAUCUUUUUCAAAUUUAAUGUAUAUGUGUAUAUAAGGUAGUAUUCAGUGAAUACUUGGAAAAUGUACAGAUCGUUCAUCCAUAUCUGAGCUCUCUUGCUGUGAUGAA